UGCGGGCUUUUAUUUUGAACGUUUCAUCAUUACCAUAGGAAAGUGACGUCGUUGUUAGUGUUGCUAGCAGAGUGGUAGUGCAGCUUCCUUACAUAGGGUCUUCAUAAAAAAAUAACCAUGGCGGCCACUGAAAUAGCUAGGCAAGCGGGAGAAGGUGCUCGUGCCGUCCCUCUAGCCGGCCAUGUUGGCUUUGAUAGCAUGCCCGACCAGCUGGUCAACAAGUCUGUCAACCACGGCUUCUGCUUCAACAUCCUCUGUGUCGGGGAAACGGGCCUGGGCAAGUCCACUCUUAUGGACACCCUGUUCAACACCAAGUUCGAGGGCGAGCCCACCCAGCACAACCAGCCGGGCGUGCAGCUCAAGUCCAACACAUACGAGCUCCAAGAGAGCAACGUGCGCCUCAAGCUGACCGUGGUCAACACUGUGGGCUUUGGAGACCAGAUCAACAAAGAGGACAGCUACAAGUCCAUUGUUGAGUUUAUCGACACCCAGUUCGAGGCCUAUCUGCAGGAGGAGCUGAAAAUCAAGCGCACGCUACACAGCUACCACGACACGCGCAUCCACGCCUGUCUGUACUUCAUCGCGCCCACCGGACACUCCCUCAAGUCCCUGGACCUGGUAACUAUGAAGAAACUGGACAGCAAGGUCAACAUCAUCCCCAUCAUUGCCAAGUCGGAUGCCAUCUCCAAGAGCGAGCUGACCAAGUUCAAGAUCAAGAUCACCAGUGAGCUGGUCAGCAACGGCGUUCAGAUCUACCAGUUCCCCACCGACGACGAGACGGUGGCAGAGAUCAACUCCACCAUGAACGGCCAUUUGCCAUUCGCCGUUGUGGGAAGCACGGAGGAAGUAAAGAUCGGCAACAAGAUGGUGAAAGCGAGGCAGUACCCCUGGGGAACAGUUCAGGUGGAGAAUGAGAACCACUGUGACUUUGUGAAGCUGCGGGAGAUGCUGAUCCGGGUAAACAUGGAGGACCUGCGGGAGCAGACACACACGCGCCACUAUGAGCUCUACCGCCGCUGCAAGCUGGAGGAGAUGGGAUUCAAGGACACGGACCCCGACUGCAAACCCUUCAGUCUGCAGGAGACGUACGAGGCCAAGAGGAACGAGUUCAUGGGUGACCUGCAGAAGAAGGAGGAGGAGAUGAGGCAGAUGUUCGUCCAGAGAGUCAAGGAGAAGGAAGCCGAACUGAAGGAGGCCGAGAAAGAGCUGCACGAGAAGUUUGACCGGCUCAAGAAGCUGCACCAGGAUGAGAAGAAGAAGCUGGAGGACAAGAAGAAAUCCCUGGAUGACGAGCUCAACGGCUUCAAGCAGAAAAAGACGGCCGCCGAGCUCCUACAGUCCCAGGCCCAGCAGGCAGGGGGCUCCACCACACUCAAGAGGGACAAGGAGAGGAAAAAUAAACCCUGGCUCUGCACUGAGUAGGUGCUUCCACCCUCAAGCUUUGCUAAGGGACCAGGCUUUGUGGGUAGCGGGUACCCCAAGGCUGAGGAGAGGCAUUGUGAACCCACCCUUCUGGGUUAAAAAAAAAAAACAUUCAUCUGCUUUAUGUAUUAACAAAAGGAUACCCCUAUCUGUAUUUCAUUGCUGCUCUAUGUGCUGACUCUGUGGCAAAAUCUGUCUUUUGUGUAUGGUUAUGCUUUUUUGUUAUGUCGUGUUUUUGCUGUGCUGACUGACUAAUAUCACCAUUUGCUUUUUGCUUCUGUAGGGAUAGAUAUUUUCUGGACUGUUUUUGUUGUGCACUUCUUGGUAGUUUUCACAUCAUUAUUAGGUUUAAGAUUGUCUGUUUUGAUUUAUUAACUGACACUGAAUACCUUUUUAUUUAUUUACAGAGGACAUAAUAUCUGCUGCAAGCAGUUCUCACAAGCAAUUUAUUCAAUGUUUUAAAUCCGUAUUAUGCUCAAAUUGAAUUGGUCAGCUCAAGUACUGUAGUAUUUUAUUAUGAGUAGUUAAUUUUUAGCUUACCACACAGACAUUGCAUUUGUAACAGAGUUAGUGUCAUUUGAAGUACAGUAGCAACUAUACAUGCGUUAGGAAAACCCAAAUACGUACGGUCUUCCCUCCCCAAAAUGUCAGUAAUCUUUCUGGUAGGCACUGUUGCUCUCCCUGACUGCUUGGGCAUCUCUUGUAACCUUGCAUUUGUCUCCUUUCUCUCUAGCUUCUUUUAAUCUGUCUUGGCCACCUGUCUGAAGAGGGGAUUGCAGCUUCAACAAGAACUAAGCACCCAUUUCCUCUUCCUGUCUUUUCUCACUGCAUCAACCUUUUUUUAACCUCCAUCUCAUCUGCUUUGUUGAACAUGGCCGUAUGUGGACUUCACAUGGUAUUUUUUGGAUAGUUUACCUUUUGCCACCUAAUCAACGUACACUUUGGCAAGUGGGAGUCCUUCACUGAUAAUAUUUUGCAGAUCUGUCUUGGUGUAUGAAUGAACAAAGCUUUGUUCAGGUGCUCAGGUAGGAUUCUAAACAGUUGUUCAAGAGAAACAUCAAACCAAUAGUUUCAUCAUACCAUUUCUGGCAGAGCCAAGGCUCUGGAUUAAUUUAUAUUUUGCAUAAAACUAUCAGAACUUAAUUGACAGUACAUUUUAAGAAGGUCUUUAUGUAAUAACGUUCAAUCAUAUAUUCAGUCCAUUUUGAGAAGGACUCUGUUUUGAAAUAACCAUUACAAAUAGCCUAUUAUUAAUGUGCUCAUCGUUCAAAGGGGGGGGGGGUUGAUUUUUAUUUAUUUAACUAGGCAAGUCCGUUAAGAACAUUCUUAUUUACAAUGACGGCCUAACCCGGACGACGCUGGGCCAAUUGUGCGCCGCCCUAUGGGACUCCCAAUCACAGCCUGAAAUUGAACCAGGGUCUGUAGUGACACCUCUAGCACUGAGAUGCAGGGCCUUAGACUACUGCACCACUCGGGAGCCCCUAUGAAUACAAAUAACACAACCCAGAUCUCAAUAAAGCACUGAUAAAUUCGCCAUAUUUAUUUGGUGAUUGAUAGUGCGACGUCUUACACUGCGUGUGAGUAGUAGAAACUUUUGUCAAUACGGAUUUAAAAACCAUAGGACAAUUGCGAUCCAAGUAAAUACAUUAUUCUUUGUUCACUGCAUAGGUUGUUUCAUUGGAACUCAGAAGAGCCAAAGACAUGUUCAUGUCAAGCACUUAUUUAGUGAAAACACCUUUUCCGUACUGAAAUGCCAUGUAGGUCGCAUUUAAUGCCCUUUACGCAUUGUGCUUGAACUACCAUCAGUCUAUUCUGUAUUUUGCAUGUCUUUUUCUUUCAUCACCUCUGUGAUCUUGACCUUUUGCUCCCCAUUGUAGUUUUCUCCCCUAACAGUUUUGCACUCUUUCACAUUUUAUGCUCUAUUGUUUGGACCAGUUUUAUCUUGUGUAUUACUAGUUGUUAUGUGCAGUUAUACCCCUCUCCACAAUUUCUGGCACCCAUAUUGCCAAAUAUUACAAUGAGAUGGAGUUGAAUCCUAGAGACAGAUACUCAUGCAUUUGUAUAAUUUAUAAGGAUAUAUUUUGUGUAUGGAAGUGGAGACCUGUUUUAUGAAAUAUGAUCUUUGGAUGUGACUCCUCUCUGUGUAAAGUUACAUUUUGUUGUAAGAAAUUGCCAUACAUUUUUCUAGCAUCUGUCAUAAUCACCCCUCCUAGUCAAUUACCUGUCCACACCACAAAUUAAUGAUAAAAUAUGUGAUUGUAGUUUGAUUCCAUUUAUGUACAUUUUCAAUAAAAUUAUGAUGAAAACGUG